AAAUUUCGUAAGCUCACGUCCCUCACUGUCCACCCAACAAGUCCGCUCUUUCAGCCCAAAUCCAACUUACAAUGCGCUCUUUCAUCACCUUCGCCGUCCUCUGCGCCUCCUUCGUCGCUGCCGUCCCUCUCCCGCAGCUCGGCGGUGCCACGGACUCGCUCUCCAGCGUGCAGCAGGAACUCGGCGAGACCCUCGCCGGUCUUGACGGCAACAUGAACCUCCGCCGCGCGCCCCAGCUCGGCGGUGUCACCGACGGGCUCUCCGGGUUGGAGCAGAGUGCCGGUCAGAUCCUCGCGGGUCUCGACGGCAACCUCCCCCUGCGCCGCGACAGCGCCCUCGGCGGGCUGCCCGGCAGCGCAGGCCAGGAGGUCAACGUCAGCCCAUCGGAGCUCAAUGAAGCCGGGGAGAUCGUUCACGCGCUCCAGGGCGCUGCCAGCUUGAACGGCCUCGGCGCGCGCCAGGACCCCGUGUCCGAUACCCUCGGGGGUCUCCUUGGCAAACUCAACCUCCGCCAGCUCGACGUGCUCGGCGGUGUGCCGCAGGAGGUCACGGGCGUGCUUGGUGGGCUCCCUGCUCAGAGCAAGGACGUCAGCCUGUAGGACUGUCGACCUUAUCCUAACACAUACCCUGACUCCGAAGAGGAUGUAGUACCCGUACGUGCUGCACAUACAUCCGCCCCCGUCCUUGCCGUACCCAAGCGCCUUGUACCGUUGUUGUUGCGUACACUUCACAUAGCGUUAAUACGUACCCGUAACACCGCAGUAGCGGAUGUCUGCAUUUAUAUCUUUCCACUCACGCAUAUGCUUGUCGCAACUUCGUACAGCUUUCCUACUAUCGAGAUUGUGUGAAUAGUGGUUUAAGAACCGACAAAGACUGUUUGACAGAAAGGUCAAACCUCC